GUGCUCUUUGGGGGACGUUUCGUUCUCUAGUUGGCCUGGGCGUACCAUCGUGGAGGGCUGCUGUGACGUGGGGCCCUAAAAAGCCCCCAUUGAAGGGGUUGUUGCGCCCUCCGUGGGGCCUGGAUUCUGGCUUGUCACACGUGGACCACCAGGCCGGCCAGUCUUUGUCGGGCCAUUAUUCCCAGUAACGGUGCCAUGACUUUUCCCUACCAAACGUUCAUCGUGUGGAUUGUUUCUUAGAUUUGUUUUCUGGAUUGUUCUAGGUGUGGGUGAAAACUCUGGCUUGUGUAUGCACUCUUUCUUACUCUGUUGAUGGAGUAUAACCUCUGUCUGAAUGUGUUUGGGGCAGCGUUUGAAUUCGCAGAUGUGCCUGUGGGCCUGUCAUUUUCUUGAAUCGCAGAGGGACCCUUGAAAUGAUACAAAACUUGACGACUUGUACAGGGAAAGAAGCUCAGAAAGGAUCUCUGCUCUUUGAUGAUCUCCCUCCGGCCAGCAGUACUGACUCAGGAUCGGGGGGACCUUUGCUUUUUGAUGAUCUCCCGCCAGCCAGCAGUGGUGAUUCAGAAAGGAAGAUUCUUUUACAUACACAUUGGGAAAACUGGAACACAAACAGUUCUCUUGACACUUCGAUACCCCAGGUGGUAAAGAAUGAAGGGAAAGGAGCUAAGAGAAAAACCUCUGAAGAAGAGAAGAAUGGCAGUGAAGAGCUUGUGGAAAAGAAAGUUUGUAAAGGCUCUUCAGUGAUCUUUGGUUUGAAAGGCUAUGUGGCUGAGCGGAAGGGCGAGCGGGAGGAGAUGCAGGACGCCCAUGUCAUCCUGAAUGACAUCACCGAGGAGUGUAGGCCCCCCCCCUCCCUCAUUACCCGGGUUUCAUAUUUUGCUGUUUUCGAUGGACAUGGAGGAAUUCGAGCCUCAAAAUUUGCUGCACAGAAUUUGCAUCAGAACUUAAUCAGGAAAUUUCCUAAAGGAGAUGUAAUCAGUGUAGAGAAAACCGUGAAAAGAUGCCUCUUGGACACUUUCAAGCAUACUGAUGAAGAAUUCCUGAAGCAAGCUUCAAGCCAGAAGCCUGCCUGGAAAGAUGGGUCCACUGCUACCUGUGUUCUGGCUGUAGACAACAUUCUUUAUAUUGCCAACCUUGGAGAUAGUCGGGCAAUCCUGUGUCGUUACAAUGAGGAGAGUCAAAAACAUGCAGCCUUAAGCCUCAGCAAGGAGCAUAAUCCAACCCAGUAUGAAGAACGAAUGAGAAUACAGAAGGCUGGAGGGAAUGUCAGGGACGGGCGUGUCCUGGGUGUGCUGGAGGUGUCCCGCUCCAUUGGGGAUGGUCAGUACAAGCGCUGUGGGGUCACUUCUGUGCCAGAUAUCAGACGCUGCCAGCUGACCCCCAACGACAGAUUUAUUUUGCUGGCCUGUGAUGGCCUCUUCAAGGUCUUUACCCCAGAAGAAGCCGUGAACUUCAUCUUGUCCUGCCUUGAGGAUGAGAAGAUCCAGAGCCGAGAAGGGAAGCCCGCCAUGGAUGCCCGCUACGAAGCCGCCUGCAACAGGCUGGCCAACAAGGCGGUGCAGCGGGGCUCGGCGGACAAUGUCACCGUGAUGGUGGUGCGGAUAGGGCGCUGAGGUGCUGCGGGCCGGGGCGCGGCGUGCUGUGGACUCCAGUGUUCAUUUUGUGUGUUGUGCACGUUAGUGUUUCGUGUACUCCUGUGGGAUUCCCAUGGUUGUAAAUAAAGGUUCCUUUUUUUU